UAUCGCUAAAUGGACAUGAAUGUGUGUUUGUAUUACUUGUUAAUUCAUCGCGAUAGGUGUGUAUUAUUUUUAUUUGUACUAAAAAGUAGUUUUGGUAGCUGUAAAACAGCGCGUUGUUGCCAUACGUUACGUCCUGUUUUUCGUAUAUGGUAGGCUGCGUGUAUUGCCAGGAAUGUUUACGUUUGGUAACAUAAAUAUUUGCGUUUUUUUUUGUGACAGCGAAGAAUUUACAAUAAUGUAGACUUAUGCAUGAUGUUGAGUUAGAUCACUAUUUUGUAUCUUCGAUCUUUCUGACUGCGCUUUAUGAAUAUAUUAUUGAACAUUUUUAAAGCGGUUUUCGUAUCUGGGUAACCGGAUUUAUUUGCACCAAUUAUUUAUUAACCUGUGCAAUGGAAGUUGAACAAAAUAUUGUACAACAUAAUGUUCAGACGUAGUUGGGACUUUGCCAUCCAUGGCAAGCUGCUAAAAUAACCCCACCCGUUUGGUGAAGUAUACCAGACACCAGUAUACUGUGACUUCUCGCGGCCCGGGACUAGUAUUGCUUGUCAGAACAGCUUGCACAGCUCCUAGUCCCGUGCCACGUAAAUGACUGCGAUCAAUAUGCGGCUGGUGCAGUAUGUUCGCUCAGGAUCUCGUAAUGCCACUAACGGUAAACGGCGCAAAUACAGCUUCUACUUGUUUUGCUGUUGCCUAGUCAUUGCCAAGGAAAAUUUUAUUUAUCACCUAAAAAAAUGAUAAAUUGUGAUCUUUGUGACGGGCAAGUAGGGGCACGUAACGAACGGUGGAACAGCCGCGUGGAUGCCGUGCCGUGAUUGGACCGUUUUGCAUUUGCAGGUUGCAACCGAGACUUCACCGUCUUCGCUUCACUGUUCGGCCAUCAGUUUUCAUCUCUGCCAAAAUGAUUGCAUGCUGUGUGUAUUUUAGUCAAUAAGGAGUGGUACUGGUGUUACCUGCCAAAGAAUUAAUUCCAACCUAAUGUUUCCAAACGAAUCUAGUUCAGCGGAUAUUUUGAGAUAUGCAAAUGCCUUUCCACAGAACUUUCAGGAUGAUGCAUUUGGCAACCGGCUGCCGGCUAGGAGGCUAGCCGCGAGGCAGCCAGUGCCCAGCAAUGUAGCGACGAGUGCAACUGCACAAUCCAAUCCUAUCGACCAAGUGCCUGCUUCAAGGGAUGCAACCAAUGAAAGACCUGCCUCUGUUGCUGGUGCAGUGGCUGGUGAUGGAGAAUGCAGAUUAUCACAAGCUCAAAUGUUAAGCACAACUCACGAAGGUUCCAAAGAUGGAGCGGAAAUGUCUCGGCACGCAGCUGUAGAAAACUCGCUUCCAGGGGCAAAUGAUGGUGAUGUGAAACAGUCCAAGAUGGGAAUGUGCGAGCACGCUCACCAACACCCCAGUUCCAAGUCUGAGGCCUUGUGCCAGGAGGGCCGGCGAGAGCACAGGGUCGGGGCGCGAGCUGGCCCCGACUCACACUCCCUGCUCUCUCCCGAGGCUGUAUUCUCUGCGUCUGUGAUAUCCAGCUCAAGUUGCGGCACCGCGCAGUCUCCGUCCCACCACCGUGCAUGCCGGCCUGCCACUUCUUCCAGCAGCAAUAGUGAUAGUUCAUGUGCACAAAGUCUGGACACGAGCGCGACUGGUGGUGCCGGCAACGCCGACUCUCUUACGAUUACUCAAGAUUUCAACGAUUCUAGUGAAUUGAGGAUCGCUUCGCCUGUCUGUAACAUUCCCGGGGUUACGCCCGCUUCAACAGUCCAGGGUAUCGUGCCCAUUAGCUUUAAUGAUAUUACUAACGUUAGCGAUGAGCGUGUGAUGUCGGACGAUGGACCCGCCUCGAACGUCGGGUGGGGCAUCCCCAAGGGUCUGGGGUUGCGAGGUGGGGGCGAGAGCUCCCUGAAUGCCGGGACCACGAGCUGGGGGGCUCAGCCCGGGGGCGGUGCUAACCCUGGCAACCCGGCUGGCACGGGCUGGGGCGGCAGCAGCCAGGGACAGGGUGGCACCGGCAACCAGGGGCAGUGGGGCAGUGCUGCCAACAGGAGCGGGGCUACCAGCCAGGGCUCGACCAGUCAGCAGGGCGCAGCGGGCGGCGCCAGCAAGGGCGGGAGCGGGCAGCCGGUGCCGCAGCCGGGCCAGCAGGGGCCGGCCCCCGCCCCGCAGGCCCAGCAGAACGGGGCCAGCACGUCGUGGGCGCAGGCGGCGGGCAAGGGCCUGCCGGCCGGCCCCCAGGGCUCGGCCCCCAGCACCAGCAGCACCACUGCCACCACCACCACCACCACCGCGACGGUGGCCAGCACCACCACCACCACUCCCAGCACCAACACCUCCACCAAGCAGCAGCUGGAGCAGCUCAGCACCAUGCGCGAGGCGCUCUUCAGCCAGGACGGCUGGGGCGGCCAACACGUGAACCAGGACACUGGCUGGGACAUCCCCCCGUCCCCCGAGCCGGGAGCCAAGGACGGUGUGCCAGCUUGGAAACCAAAUGUUAACAAUGGAACGGACCUUUGGGAGGCGAACUUACGAAAUGGUGGCCAGCCUCCACCCACCCAAACCCAGAAAACCCCAUGGGGUCACACCCCCACUACCAACAUUGGUGGCACGUGGGGCGAGGACGACGACAUCGCAGAGAGCUCUAAUGUGUGGAAAGGCGUUCCUUCUAACGUGGGCCCGGCAGCGCCUGCCGGCCAGUGGGGUGCAAACCCCACGCCUGCCGCUGGUGGAAUGUGGGGAGUGCCCAAGAAAGAGAACGACUGGGUCGGAGGGACCGCGAACGUCGCCUCUAAUUGGGGUGAUCCGCGGACGGAUCCCCGGGGGGACCCUCGGAACAUGGGCUCCUUGGACCCGCGCGACAUGCGUGGCACCAACGAUCCUCGGGAGUUGCGAGGGAGUGGCAUGCUGGACCCCCGUGACCACAUGCGCGGAGUGGUGGACGGCAUGCGGGGAGACCCCAGGGACAUGCGCAGCAUGGGCGACAUGCGCGGGACGGACCCCAUGAUCCGAGGGGACCCGCGCAUCAGCGGGCGCCUGAACCCCAGCGUUGCGGACGGAGCGAUGUGGGGGCAGCCUCCCCAGCCGCCGCACCACCACGGUCCCCACCACCAGCCGAACCAGCCCCCCGGGAAGCUGGUGGGGCCGGGCGCCGCCGUCAACCAGUGGACGGGCCCUCCGCCCAAGGACAUGGGUAUGUCGGGGACGGGUCCCAAGCCGUCCGGCUGGGAGGAGCCGUCUCCACCAGCCCAGAGGCGCAGCAUUCCCAACUACGACGACGGGACUUCGCUCUGGGGCAACCCUUCGCAGCAGCAGGCCAGACUAGGAGGCAAGGUCUCACACUGGAAGGAGAUGCCCUCGUCCAACAUGGGUCGAGGUGGCCUGCAGUGUCCUCCGGGAAUGCCUCAGAGCCGGUUGCCAGGCAACGCCCCUGGGAAUAUUAAGGCAGAUGGCCCGUUGUGGGGACACCCUCCCAGGAACGGCUCCUGGGGCGAGGGGCCCCACGAGGCGGUCGGUGCCGGCUGGACCGACGACCCCAAGAGUGGCGUCAACGUGGGCGUCGGCUCUUGGAACGAGAACCCGCUGACUCCGACCGCGUGGGUGGGGGGGCCCAAACCCAACACCUCCAUGAACCCCGGCUGGGUGGAGGACGACUCGCUGCAGACUUGGGGCCCGCCGCCCAAGCAGGGCCACAAACCUUUGUCAAAGGAUUUGUUGUGGGCUAGCAAGCAGUUUCGCAUUCUUGUUGACAGAGGAUAUAAGAAAGAAGAUGUGGAAAGUGCUUUACGUAGUUCCAACAUGAACUUUGACGAUGCCCAAGAACUUCUAACGGCAGGCAGGCUGAACGUAGAGUGGCGUAGGCAUGAGGACCACUCGCCCUUCGACCUCACCUCGAACCAUCCUAGUUCAGGAUUCCCAGGCCAGAGAUUCAACCCCGUCGCACAGCAGAUGCCUUUUGCUCCUCCUGGCGGGCCGGGCGUCAGCAGCACUCCCGGCCUCAUGACCAACCUGGGCGCGGGCAACCCCAGCCUGGCCAGCAUCAACAGCAUGAGCCCGGCCAUCGUGCAGAAGAUCCUGACCCAGCAGCCGCCGCCGCAGCAGCCGCCCGCCCACCAGCAGCAGUUCGCGCAGGGCUCGCGCGGGCCCCAGAACCAGCCCUCCACCGCGCAGCUGCGCAUGCUCGUGCAGCAGAUACAGAUGGCCGUGCAGGCCGGCUACCUCAACCACCAGAUCCUGAACCAGCCGCUGGCGCCCCAGACCCUGAUCCUACUGAACCAGCUGCUGCAGCAGAUCAAGGUGCUCCAGCAGCUGCUGCAGCAGCAGGCGGUGAUCCACGCGCAGCCCGCCAAGAGCAACUCCAACGCCGUGCUGCAGGUGUCGGUGCAGAUCACCAAGACCAAGCAGCAGAUCAACAACCUGCAGAACCAGAUAGCCUCGCAGCAGGCGAUCUACGUGAAGCAGCAGCAGCAGCACCACCACAUGUCCCAGGGCCCACAGCCCGGCGACUACAAGACCAGCUACCACGACCCCCUGGCCUCGCUGCACUCCAACUUCACCGACCUGUCCAUCAGCAAGGAGCCCCAGGUGUCAUUUCAGACCCAGCAGUCGCGGCUGAUGCAAUGGAAGUUACCGUCCGUCGACAAAGAUGGGGAUGGCAUGAACGAGUUCAGUAGAGCUCCUGGCAGUACUACCAAGCCGUCACUGCCUCAGAGCCAUUCGUCACCCAACAUUAAUCCUCUGUUGGGACAAGGAGAUGGCACGUGGUCGACAGUCACCCGGUCGGCCUCGGACACCGGGUGGCCCGACUCCAGCGGCACCGACACCAGCGGUCAGCCCGACAACAAGGAGGCUUGGCCAGUUACAUCGCAGUCUGGUUCCGCCGCGUUCACCGAUCUGGUCCCCGAGUUUGAACCAGGGAAGCCCUGGAAGGGCAAUCAGAUGAAGAGCAUCGAAGAGGACCCAAGCAUCACUCCCGGGUCGGUCCAUCGCUCUCCCCUGUCCUUGGCCACCAUCAAGGAUUCCGAGAUAUUCAGCGGUGGGAGCAAGACGUCUCCGACCGUGAGCACCUCCGUGGACACGGCAGUUCCCCCUCUCAGCCUCUCGUCGUCCACCUGGAGCUUCAACCCCCCGUCCUCCACCGCGCUGUCGUCGUACACCAGCCCCCUCGGCAAGCUGGGCGCGUCGAAGGGCCCGUGGGGGGAGGCCCCCCCGCCGACGGCGGUGACCAGCGAGCUGUGGGGAGCACCCAUGAACAAGUCGCGGGGGCCGCCGCCCGGCCUGUCGUCCAAGAGCACGGCGGGGCUGGGGGGCGGGGUCAGCAGCAACGGGUGGGGUGCCGUGGGGGGCGGCCACUCGUCGUGGGGGUCCGGCGGCAGCGGCAACUGGGGCUCCACUUGGCUCCUGCUCAAGAACCUCACUCCGCAGAUUGAUGGCUCCACUUUAAAAACAUUAUGUAUGCAGCAUGGACCAUUGCAGAACUUCCACUUGUACCUGAACCACAGCAUUGCGCUUGCCAAAUACUCAACUCGGGAAGAAGCCAACAAGGCCCAGGGUGCCCUGAACAACUGCGUGCUGGGCAACACGACGAUCUUCGCCGAGUCCCCCGGGGCGUCGGAGGUGCAGGCCCUGCUGCAGCACCUGGGGCAGCAGCCCGGCUCGUCGGGGGGCUGGGGCGGCCUGCGGGCGGGUGCCGCGCCCCCCACCACCAAGAGUUCGGGCUCGGCGGACGCCUGGGCGCCCUGGGCGGCCCCGGGCCAGUCGGGGGGCGCCCUGUGGGGGGCCGGCCAGCUGGAGCCGGACCAGCACCGGGCCACGCCCUCCUCGCUCAACUCCUUCCUGCCCGGGGACCUGCUGGGGGGUGAGUCCAUGUGAGCGCCCGCCCGCCCGCUCGCCCCUCUCUCCUUGUGAUAUUCUGUUCCUUUGUACGCCAGCGGAUCUCAGCUUCCUAAACGGCUGCUUGCUUGGUUUAUUGUUAACUGAGGCAUUUUUAAAAGUAUUUCAGACUGCACCGCGUUGUGCACACACACAAAUGAUUAGCUCAUGUGUCAUGUAAGUUGAAGCUAGGGGUAUAUUGUCCAACUGCAAACAAAAAGUGUUCAAUUUGUAUUAAGAUGUGUGUGUAGUUAUCGUAAGUGUUAAAGACUUGAGACUUGGUGCAAUGAUGCGAUAGAGGAGACGCUAUAUUGACAUUCUCAACUGUGCUGUGACGAUCGAGUGGCUUUCUUUUUAAUUUAACUUCCCCUGUCCAAUCAAAAAAAAAUAGCUCUCUUUACUAAAGUAAGAUCUAAUAAUACUAGUAAUAACUAUAAAUUGUUAUGCUUGAACUAAAAAAAAAAAAUUAUGGUGCCGAAUGAAUCUUUAAGUACAUGAACAUUUAUGCUUCUGGAGAAAUAACAUUGUAUUUUUUAUUUUCACUACAGAAGCAAAAAUUGUAGUAAAUUGCUCCUAAAUAAUAGUAAUAAGUAUAAUGUUAGUGAUAGUGUUAGUUUGUAAUAUUUUGAUGUAGACUAUGGAAGUCUUCAUAACUGGCUUGUAUAGUUUUUGUGUAGUUGGUUGAUGGGUGUAAAUAUUUUGUGCUUAACAUUUUUUCCUCAUUAUCUGCCACUGUUGUACCAAAAGAUCAAUAAGAACUUGUAUGUUCAUUUUAUCUAGGUUGUAAGUCUUUAAAUUUAAGGUUUUUAAACAUAAAAUACAGAGUAUAAAACUAAAGUAUAUAAUAUAUAUACAUAUAUAUUUAAAAUAUAAAUGAAAACUUACAAAGUGCAUUGCCCCAGGCAGAAAUGUAGCCAACAGUUUCACGUAUCAAAACGUUAGCUGCAUCCUUAAAAUUAUUGUGAUACUAUUAUUAACUAUAAAUGGACUUGUGGAUAACUCGUCAAUUCUCUGUUGAGUAUGCCGAGCAUAAGAUUGUGUGGGGUGUAUGUGUGAAGCAAAUUUGUUUGGCUGUAGUCAUUCAUAUAUAUAUAUAGAGUUAUACUAGUAUAUACUACAUUAAUGAUACAGUUAUGGUAUAAUAUCUUAACUAUUGAGUACAAGUGUUGGUAAAAUUUCUUGUUUCAGUGUUGUAUUUGUGUUAAACAGUCCAGUCCAUCCUUGCCAUUUGCUUUCGAAAACUUACCGUGUGAGAGAGCAAAUUUCGUCGGCCAAUCAAAUACCUCGUGACCAAAUGGUGUAAUAGAAUAAAACUGUUCUGUAUUAGUUGUUCUGAUAGCAGGAACGUGUAUUCAUAUCUGGGUCAACAAAGUCUACGUCAUAUGGGAAUGUAUUUAAGUGUAGGUUACAUUCUCUUUCUACAGUAUUUUUAAUUUAGUGUGGCUGCAGACGUAUUCAUUUGUAUACGUAUCAGUUCUGGUGCAAUACACGUUUGGAGGGUGCUUGCACAUAUUUAACUUGUUUCUCAACCUAAAAGAGUGCAUUUAAAGCCAAAUCACUUAUAUUCGAAGAGAAAAGUAUUCUACCGGUAGUUUUUUUUUAUUAAAGUAGAUAUAUCCAUAUCAGUUGUCUAAAAGUAAUCUAUUAUUAUUAUUAUUAUUACUAUAAGUAUGAAAAAUUGUGAAUUAAUUUAUCACAUCAUGUUGAUAUUCUUGAAAACGUAACUUAACCAAAAGUGAUGUUUGUAGAGUUUUAAAAGUCUGCCAAAAACAGUGGUGAUGUGAUGUUUGACUCUCUAAAAUACCAGUAGUGGAGUAGGUCUUAGGAUAAGUUACAGUUCACUAUAGUGUUGAUUGCUUGUGAUGUAAUCAUAUUAACAGUAACACUAACGUUGCUACGUUUGCUGACGGUACACAGUCGCCUGUUGCCAUCCCUUGCAUUAAAAUUUCUUCCACCGACUGUGUCCGUUGUAAGUUGUAACUGUAUUUAGUACCUAUGCCACCUCCGACACUUGCAAGUCAACUUCUCUUUUGAUAAAGAAAAUUAUCUCAACAAGUUCUUGUUUGCAAAUUAUUUUAUAAUUAUAAUUUUUUAUGUCUACUUUUAUAGGUAAAACUUUUGUAACUUGUUUAGUAAUAAUGUUUUGUGCAUUAUUUGGUUUGUACGAUACAUUUCAUAUUUUAUAAAUGCUAUGUUAAAGAAGACAUAAAAUGCUUCAAAUUUUACUUUUUUUUUUUGUUAUAUAGAGUAUUUUAAUGUGAGUUUCUAUUAUUGUAAUUACAGUUUAUUAGUUACAGCUAUAUUUACCAUAACCCAAGGCAGCUACACAGAAUACCAGAUUUUUAUUAUUAUUAUUAUUAUUAUUAUUAUUAUGUAGUUCCAGCUAAUUUUGUGGUUCAUGAAGUGUGUAACUAAGAAAGCUAAACGAGUGGUAUAAUUUUGGUUCACAUUACAUAUAACUGUCAUUUUGCUGGGGCUGACAGUGCCAUGAAACAGACUGUGAUUUUUCAUUGUGUUACGUUAUGUACAUGUUGCAUGCAAUUUUUCACAUUUAUGCAUUUGUUAUGACUGAUUAUAGUUUUAUAGUCUGUAGUCCAUGUACAGAAAAAUAUGCAAAUUAUUGAAACUACCAUAUUUAACUGGAAAUAAUCAGUUUUAAUUGUUUAGAAUGCUAUUUGAUUCUAAAAUUUUAAGUAUUUUCUUCAGUGUCAUAUUUUAUGAUCUGUUAGUUUAAUAAUAAUUACAAAUACCAUAAAGUUAAAUAACUUAAACAGUUGAGAAUUCAGAAAGCUGUUGGUGGAAUCCACUGCAAGAUUCUUUGGUGGUAGUAAACCAGUGUGAUAGUUGUUUUGCCCAGAGUUCAUGCUUUUGAAGCUGUGAGUAUUGAAGAUGAGCGGGUUGUUAAAUUUAGGGUGUGCUAGUUUGAUGGUUUGGUUGAUUAUUUAGAGACCUUUAAUGCAGAGUUAUAUUCUACUAUUGAAGUGAUUGAUAAUAAAUAUUCAUUGGUACAAAGUAUGAGGGAAAUAUUCAGGGAUGGUGCAAUGGCACAGGUAAAUAAAGCUAUGUUGCUGUGUUGAUUCUAGGUGUAAGAAGAGAGAGUAUCUAAAGGCAAUAAAGCUUGAGGUGUAUUUGUUCACUGUUAAUGCUCAUCCUGUUAUUGAAAAAUGUACUUCUCCUCAAGUAUUGGUAAAUAGCUAAACAUUAUUUUAUCUUGUGUUUGACCCCAAGUGCAUUCUGCAACAAUCUUUUUAUACAUCUGAUUGGCCAGUUUUAUGGUAUCAUUCCUAAGAUCCAGCAGCUUAAAAAAUAUACCAUAUUCACUCAAACAUAAGACCAGAAUUUUUCGUUGAAAGACCAUCUAAAAAACAAGAGUCGUCUUCUAAUCGACAUAAAUGGGGGAAAUGAUUGUUAGUUGUAUUGUUAAAAUGUUGAAAAAAAUUAUUUCAAAAUACAGAAAAUUGAUUUUUUUUUAUAUUGAACAGAAGCAUUGUUAAUGACAUCAAAUUUUAGCUAAGCAUUGUUAAUUCUCACAGAACUUUGGCAAGAAAAUUAAAAAUUAUUUAGGUUAUCUUAUUUUUGGGUGAAUACGGUACUUUGACUGAUAUUCGGUUAAAUAUGGUAACUUUCAAAAGCUUGUCAGUACCAAAGGUGUUAAUGUACAAUAAGUAACCAUGCAGAGAACUUCUCAUAGAUUUUAUUACUUUGAACUGUUGCUGGCCUUGUGACAUCAGCUUUUAUAGUUUUCUUGGUUAACAAAUCUAGUUUUUUAAAUUUAUUUUGUAAAGUUUGAAAACAUUGCUUUAAUCUUCAUCCCAACUAGAACAUUGUAAAUGUACAUUAAUUUUUGAGAAUUUUGCAUAUUAAAAAUUGAGAUUAUCCAAGUUAAAGUGGCAUUUGUGUAUAAUUAAGCAGCUGUUGAAAUUCAGAACUGAGUGUAAGUCUGUCUUGGAUGAUGGUAAGUACAGUGUUCUUUAUCUUAAUUUAUUGCUUUUAGGAUGCCCAGUUCCUUGAUGUGUGUAACGCUAUGUGCUAGUACAAAUGUUGCGUGUGAGCAAAUAGAAUGCUGCUGUUUCUGCCUCUGUUGUUGUCUUGCCCAAGUCUGGUUCACGUUAUUUUGGAUCCACUGGCUCGAAAUUUCACAUUUUGAGGUAUUGCCUGCGGCAGUGGCACCCAAAUUAUUAUUCUUAAAUUCAAAUUAUUACCUAGCAUCUGAAAGUGGCUUUAUGUAAAAAAUGUAGCUCUCGCAAAUUAUUACUGAAUGAAUGUGUAAAGUAUUGUUUUAGCUGUUGGCUUGUUUUACCGUUCUUAAUUUUUUCUAAUUUGCUUUUGACCAUAUUGUUAAUUUUGUAGCUGGAUUUUGGUUUGGUAGCUUAUGAAUAGUUUUAAAAAACCAAUGCAACUUCAAGCAUUUUGAAAAAAAAAAAAAAAAAAAAGUACUGUUCCAGGCACAAGAAAUGUCAAAUAUGUCAUGAUGAGGGGAACUCUACACAGCUUGCUUUUGUUAUGAACUUAUGUGGUAUAUGUGGAUGUCAUUUUAGAGAUCCAUUAAUUGAACAUUGUCCUCCGAUCUACAGUCAAAGGCUAAACUAAUAAUGGCUGGACUUUCUCCAGCUUAUUAUGGUUGGAUCAGCGCAUCGCUGUUAUGAUAUUCUACGUGCCCGCCGUCGUGGUUUUGUCACUGGUGGAGUCGAGGCAAAAACAGAUGCAGAAACACUACUGACUGCGAGGGAAAUAUUGUGUUGUAAUUGUUCCCUCGUUGCUGCUUUGUAUUUGUUUCUUGUUGCUUGUUGUUGAGGUGUUCUGCCUGUUGACAUGAUGCAGACUCGUACAUAAAUAUAGGUAUAAAUAUAUAGAUAUGUGGUGUGGGAAGUUUAUGAAGUAGAAGUUUUUUAACCAAAUGUAUCUUGCAUGGUUUGAAAACAAAACGUAAUAAGUGAAGUGUUUAACUAAGUCAUUUGUCCUCCAUUGUGUCGUAGCAAGUAGCAAAAAUGCGUUCAGUGCUUCUGAAAGCACUUACAUUAUCAAGUGACAGAAUGCCAUGUUUUCACUUUUCCAUUAUUGUGCUGUAUUUUUAUUAUAUAUAGAACUAUAAUACAUACAUAUAUUUAUCAAUAAAUGUUAACUGAAUGUGUUUUAAUUAAAAUUUUGACUUAUAUGUGUUAUUGAUAUAAACUGUUCAAUAUGUUGGUGUAAUCGAGUGUAAUUGUAAAAAAAAAAAAUGUUAGUAUUAAGUAUUAAAUAAGUGUUUGUUGUAAAUUUGAAAUUGGACAGGCAUUAUGUAAGAUUCCAUUUUCCUUUAUUCUCAUUGUGAUUUGCAUUUGUGCAAUCAGUUUUUACUAAAUUAUUGUAUUAUGUUCAGUUUCGUAUAAAUUAUUUUGCUGUUUUUUCUUUAGAAAGAGUUUUUAUGUUUCGUUGGUUGAUUGCUGUUGAACGUGUAGCAUUUUAAUUAGCCUUGUACAUAGUUUUUGUGGAUGUCAGUGCAUGUAGUACACAUAGCUCAUUUAGCAACGUGUUCUUUCACGCAAUACGAUGAAUCAUUCACUCGGUACUAGGACGUGUGUUGUUUGUUGCGCGGAGGUCCUGUAAGCUCUCUUUGCUCAUUUCAUUCUCUCAUCUCACGUUUCGAAGGCUGCCGUGCAAAUGCCAGGUCUCGCUCCUCGCGCUCUUCAACUCUGCAUUCGGACGGACGAUCGAGCACAGGUGUUUGCGUGCGGAGGGGAGGCGGGGGGGGAGACGAUGAGCGAGCACGGCAGCGUGCAGUCUCACCAGAUGCCUUAAGCGUGGAGCAUGCUUGUGUUGACACAAAGGGAUGGCACCACAUAUCACAGAUCUGCCACACCUCGGGUGGACGUGGGACUAACCUAACCAAAGAUAACGAAACACAAUACUAUGAUGAUUUACCUCGUAUGUGGUGGGCCCAGAACCCACUGAGCACUAAAUACACACGUGUGUGUGUAGAUAUAUAUAUGUAGAUUGUCGUAGUGUGUAGAGCACUUUUUGUUUUCCAUUUCUGCAUUUUGGUUGUGACUAAGAUAUAAGAAUAAAAUUAAUUCUGUCUUUUUUUUUUUUUGAUACCUUGAUUUGGUGAAACAGUGGUAUGGAUGCGGGUGAUGCAUGUGAGGAAGUGCCUUGAAAAUACUGUGCGCAGUAGGCACAAACUUAAGACUUGCCAGUAGACAUGGCAUCGUCUCUAGAUACGUGGGUGGGGGGGACAUGUCGCUUCAGACUGCUCGCUCUGCACAUCAAAUUGAGCUUAGAUGAUUCAUGUUCGUACUUAAUGUUUGUGAACUGUCUUCUUUUUCAGGAUACAAAUUACUUUUAAUACAUAUAUAUAUUUCUAAUGGUAAGUUAGACUUUUUUUGUUUAAAGGCCCCUUUUUAUUGCUACAUGUAUGGUUGAGCUAUAAGUUGCGAUGGACAUGUGAGACCCUUUGGAAUGAUUGUUGACGUGUUGUGGCAACGCACGUUACCUCCCGUUACUUUGUCGACGCCGUGCCCACUUGCUUGAUGUUUAUAGUAUUCGUGUUGAGAUUAUGGAUGAUGAUUCUUGUGGAAGAUGUCCGCAUUCACUUUUGGCAUGUUCGAAGCAGGUGACUAUUCAACACAGGUGGAUUGUGUGCCGUGCAGAACUCCUCUCUCGUGAUUCAACUUGUCCGUUUGUUCUACCAUCUUCCUGUGCCCACUGUGUCUAUUCCAGCUAAUGUUUUCAAUAAAAACCAUUGUAAUUGUCGGAACAGUUAGAUUCACUAAUGGUAAAGUUUUUUUUGUUGAAAAAAAAAUUAUAGUUGUAGAGAUAACUCACUUCUAGUCAGUUGUUAACAAGUUGUUUAUUUGAAUGUCGUGCCUUACUUUUGAUGAUAAGCAUGCAGACUAUGUAACACCAUGCCACUUUGUUCAGCUGAACAAUAUGAUUGCCUUACAAACAAAAUAGCAUCACUCGUUUCAGUUCAUUUCUUGCCUUCCGUUCACAGAUAUGUUCAUUUUCAUAAAGUUGUUGGGUGAGUGUUUUGAGGUGAUUAUUGCUGCUGCAUUGGCACCAAUUUAUUUUAUGAGUGAUGCUUUUCUGCAUGCAGUUGUUAAUGAAUGGCCUUUUCUUUUUAUGUGUGGCAUUAGAUUCAAUCUUUGACUUUCCUGCUAUAAAUUCAUGUGACUACUCUUAUGCUGCUACUCGCUUCCACCCCUCGAAGUCAUGCUUCUAGCUGCAAGUAAUGUGUUUUAAGGUUCAGGUAUAGAUGAGCAGACAACUGUAACAUGGUCAGCAAAUUUUUGAUUCGAAAUUGAGUUUUAUGUCAUCAGUCUGUAACAUAUCACAAUCUAUAUCUUGCUGGCUUCUGUAGCUUGUGUGAUGAUCUGGUGUGUGUUUUGUGUGUGAGAGAGAAAUAGAGAGACAGAGCAAGAGAGAGAGAGAGUUGAGAAUCUUAAUAAGUCCAGAGAAAUUUUAUCAAUAAUUCUAUUGUGUUAAUAUUUUCGAACUUCUUGUCUAAGGGAAGAAGGGGUUGUAACGUGGUAUAGGUUAACAUUGUAUUGGUGUUGGUAAUUUUUUUUUAAGGUUUGUUGCAAGUAAUUGCUGUGAUUUGUGUGAUAUUGUAUAUAACAAAUAUUCAUCCAGGUUUCUUUGUGAACGAGGCUGGUAUUUUGUUUCCAAUCAUAGUAGGAUCUUAUUUUUAUUAACUAGAUUAGCAAAUUUUGUUAAGUCUAAACUGAUGUGUGUUUACAGUCAUAUGGUCAUGGUACAAUUCAGGAGGGAAAAAUAUGAAUAAUUUUUGUACUUUUACGGAAAAUAUUUUUGGCCUUAAGUUAAUACUGGUACAGUAUUUACUUUUUCCUGAAAAGAUAAUGUUGCAAUAAUUCAUUUGUUUCUUUUGGUGUUUCUGUUAUGUCAGUAUACUAUAAGCUAAUCAAAAUACAAGAUUAUAAACCACUACAUUUGUCAUUUUGGGAAUUAGUGUUAAGUUGUGUAUUGUGGUAUGACUAUGGUGAAGUGAGCGUUGAGUUUGUGGUAUUAGUACGUGCUGGUUAGCAUUUGCAUGUGUUAAAAAAAUUUUAGUAAGGAUUUUGCUUAACUGUAAAGUGUUGAGCAGCCGAUAUUUGUUGGAAGGAAAUACAUACCAUAAAUUUGGCAACCCAAUCAAGUCAACUUCUGCUACCAUAUUUAAUAGAGCUGGCACGAAGGCAAGGCCGUGUAUACCCGCGUAAGGGUUGUCGCAUCUAUAAUCUUGAGCAUAAAAAUCUUCACCAUAAGGGUUGCCCUCGAAUAUUGGUCUCACAAUUUUUCCUCUCCAGUAGAACACAAGUGAAGUCUUUUCGCUUUAUGACGCGUGUGUCUGCUUAUUGCCGCUUAUACUUUUUUUUAUACCCAUGAUUCAUUUUUUCUGUCUGUUGUAGAUGUAUUUUUUUACUCGUCCCCUUCCCCAAACUCCAAGUUCCCUUAAUUAAGAACAAGCAUAUCUUUACAGCAGUAUAGUCAUGGAUGUUGCAGCUUAAAAGCAUGGCAAUCUCGCACACAGACAAUGUUGGGACACAGUUGGUUCGCAAAAACCUGUUGAGGUAGACACUUGACGAUUGUGUGCGGUACCAGUUCAUGUACAUUUGUGAUGAGCCAGGGAGCGGGAACCCGUAGACACUGGUGCAUGGCCACUUGCGCACACACGACCAUCGCUUUUCCCCUCUGGCUGGUUUAUUUUUAGAUUUCCCCUCUUGCAAAGUGCCAGCGGGGCGGCAUCACUUGGUCACCUACCGGCGGAAAACGCAGCACAUUGGUGCAGAUCACGAUGCUUUACACGCCCUUUUCAACAUGUAACACAUUUACUGAAACCCAACCAACACAGGCUAGUUAAUAAUGCACUCAUUCAAUCACACAAUGGAAUGCUGUUGUUUUUAUAUAAGGGUUGUACUUAGUGUUGCUAAACAAAAAACGUGCAUAAAAUGUGCGGCCCAUACGCGGGUAAAUAUGGUUUAAAAUGCUUUACCCAAACAGUUCAAUUUUCAUUUGUUUAUUGUUUGCUGAUAAAUUGCUGAUGUUAGUUAUUAGUAAUUAGUGGAAGUUUGUAAACAUAGGUGCAGUUUCAAAAUGUCUGCUUGAAUAUAAUUAAUAUGAUUGCAUUUAAGUAUUUUAAAUUGAAAGCAUCAUCUGUGCUUCUUUUUUUGCAAGUACUCCAAAUUUUAACAUUGUAUUUUGCAAAACUUAAGUUACUUUGGGUGCACAAAGUUGAAAUUCCUGGCAAGAGUAAAUUUUAAACGAAGUUAUUGUUUGCUGCCUUACAUCAUUACAUGUUGGAGUUAAUUUAAUUUAACGUUUAUUAUUUAUUAUUUACAAUAGAAUACAACCGUUGUUGGUUGCCAUACACACAAAAUGUAUGUAGUGUAGUUAAAAAAAUUUUUUAUUGUAAUUAACAAAGUAUUUAAUAUGGAACACCGAUCAUCUGGAUAUUAAAUUAAAUUUUGUGGCUGGUGUGAAAUAUUUCAAUGAAAUAAUUUUACUGCAGUCACAAAAUUUGCAGUGGUUAAGAACUUCAUUCAAUAGAACAUAAUUCAGAUGCUCAGUGUUUCAGACACACUUAAGACCAUAAGUGGUAAAUGGGUUUUCAACUUGUUUGUUGUAAUGAACCUGCUGCUGUGAUGUUUGUCAGUCAAAUGCGUACUCACCCUUUUUAUGAAUGUAUUUGUGUGUUUUUUUGUGUAUAUAUAUAUAUAUAUUACUAUUUGGUUUUUAUAAAAAAAAGAUGAAACUAUAAAGUUUAAACAUUGGUAUUAAAUAUAAAAGUUGUUAUAAAACAAUAAAAAAUACUUCCCGGGUGGUUAGAUUACCUGCACAGAAUGAAGUUAAAAAAAAAAAAUUAUCUUGAAAUCUCGCUUAUUGCUAUUCAAAUAUUUAAUAACUUAAAUAUCCUCUAAAAUGUAAACUUGGCUAUACUAGCAUUCACAUGUAAUGUAAAUUGUCAGAGAAACACGACCUUGUGGCAACACGUAAGAAUGUGAACGUAAUCGCCAAGUAUCGUUGAAAAUGUUUUCCAGAAUGGCCAUUGUGUAUUUCUCGAAGAUGUGGCACAGGUUAUUUGCAACGUACAGUAAACACUUGUGUGGUGUGCACCAAAUGUGUUUUUUUUUUUUCCAAGUGUGCUUUUACUAUUCUGGAGCCAGAAAAUAGUUCUAGUUGAACGAUGGUGGAUGUGUUGAAGGUGACUGCUUUAUUCCAGGGUGUGCAGUGCAGUAGCCUCGUCGCGUUCUAGGCAGUGCUUUUCGAACAGGGGUUGCUCAGGGUUGCAUCUAGGCCUGUGUGUUGGGGUGUAGGUCGUCAACUCGAGUGUCAUUAGGUACCCAGUUUUAAUACUUACCAGGCAAACACAGCAGAAAUUAUUAUAGCAUAACUUUACUAGGCAAUUUAUAACUAAGAUGUUUUUUUAUUAUUUUUACAUAAUUAUAACUGUUAAUACAUUUUAGAUAUAGUGCUAAUCUAUGUAUGCUCUCAUUUUUUUGUGAUAGUGGUUUUUGCAGAAAAAUUUUGUUUUGGUUGUUGGGAUGUGUGUGUGUGCUAUGGAUUAUGCCGUGGUUAAGUCCAGGUAGUGUCUUACAAAAACCUGUAGAUUAUAAACUUGCGAAUGGUGAUAAUUUUAUGACUUAAAAUUGCUAAUCAAUUUUCAUAUGGCUGCGAUAACCUACAAAAACUUUGAAAUUAAUUUAUAGUGACUUGUAAGUAUGUACAGCAAGGUGAGUGGUAUGUUUUCUUGUAAUGAAUUAAAUUUUUGGUGUAAAAAAAAUUUAUGUAUUGUGCCAUUUAAGGGUAACACUUUCUGUUACCUUGUGUGCAAAUAUCACACAAAGUUUGCGUUGCAUUUUGUAAGCGAAUACAAGUCUUUAACAAUCAUGACUGUCGUAUAAAUAAUAUUCCUUUGUGUAGCUCUUAUGUAUUGAUGGUGCAAACCUAAGAUUCAUGUGUAUGUGUAUAUAUGUUAUUUCAGUAGUUAAAUAGCAUAUCUCCUGAAUUGGAAUGAUAGUGUGAUACCUUAAAGCACCAGUGUUGUGGGUGACAACUUGUUUAAAUGGCUUUGUGAUAGGUGCAGUACCUGACCUUUGUAAUGUUAUUGUCACGUUAUCGAGCUCUAAAUCCAUUUUUAUCUGGUAUUUUUGUUAACAAAUCUAGCUUUCCUAUAUUUUCAGUGUUACUGCAUUCAACGUUAUACUUGUAUUUUUUUGUUUGAAACAAAAUAUUACACCUUCCUAAAAAGUACAAAAUUAUAUAAAUGUUUUAUUUAACUUAGCAGCAGCAUUUUAACUGCUAUUGAUUUAGUUGGCUUUUAUGUGUAAGGAGUUGUUCGGUCAUAAUUCAUUUGAAAUUGCAUAUUUGUAGUAAUUGUUCAUUAUUAUUGUGUUAUCGGUUUGUCCUCGGGAAUACAAAAAAGUGUGUAGGGUGUAGAGGCUUUUGGUUGCGAAUGUUACCAAGUAGACCUAGCCGUGUGAAAGUUGCGUGUCCAGGACUGCAUAUCUGCUCGAAAAUUCAAGCCUGCGACAGUGGCAGAAGAGUGCCGAUGACAUAUCAGCUUGUUGCGUGCGCCCCCCUCUUCUUGACCCUAAAGUUCGGUUUCAACACAACAGAGCUGGUAGUUGUUGGAAAAAAACUAAUUUUUUCAUAUAGAUGUUCACUUUGUUUCAAUGUUAGCACCACAUAUCAGUAUUUCUUGCUUCAUUUACGCCAAUGCUUGAGGCUUGCUAGCAUUAGUUACCGUUUGAAAAGCAGUUUGGUGCUGUUAAUGUUAUUAUAUUAUUAUGAGUUCCUCAGUUAGACACUCCUUAAUAAGAUGGCUCUGUUAUUGAUUUUAUGUUUGAACAAGUCACGUCUUGUUUUCUGCAUAAAUUUACAAAAAGUAAAAGUUGGGCGUGUGUUUAAAGAAUCAUGAAAUAAACCAUGACAUCACCGAAGCUGUCAUUCUGAAAUUAGUGCCAAACAUGUUCUCUUUAUAGCAUAUAUAUUGUUUCCUUGUUUGUUUGUUUUUUUUUUCCAACCCUUUAAGAUAUACUUUUAUUUUAAUAUUAAAGACUAAAAAAAAAUUUGUGUUUAAGUUUUAAAAAUUUUAACUUUUCAGGACAGUAUUUUUAUUUUUCCCUGUUUGACUGUAAGCACUUGAGCCCGGUGGAGGUGAUUGCAUGUGUAUGUAGCAAUCAAGACUCAACAUCAAGUGAAAUUCAAGUACCUGUGUUAUGGUUUGCCAAAAACCAAGAAGCUGUAGAGUGCAAAGAGGCGAUAGCCGCGCCUACCACGCCUGGCUUCUGUUCUGUGCCGCACCGCGCCAGCUUUGCAGCGCUCACCGUGUCUAGACUGUGUUCACGAAUGUUGAGUAACAUUCUUUAUUAUCCAUGUGUCACAAAUUGACUGACAAAACCAUUGUAACAGUAAGCUUAAGUACAUUCUCUAGAUGUAUUUAAACUGUAAGGUACACAGCGUGUGCUGUGUGAAUACUGGUGUGUAAAUAUUGUGUUUAUAAGUAUACAUAGUCAUAAUUGUAGUUGCUAAUAAUAUGAAAAUCAAACCAUGCAAGAUGUUUUUUAUUAACUUUUGUUGGUAAAUUGGGUGGUAAGUAAAAAAAAAAUCUUUUUAUUUUUUAACUGCCUUAGAUAUGAAGAAAUAUUUUAUUUGGGUUUUCUGCCUAGUUCGUAAAUAUUUUCUAUUGCACCUGGUCCAUGCAUAAGUUACAAUUACGAAAGAUUAUUAGUUAUAUCCCUUUUGAAACACGACCAUGUUGUCAAUGCUCAGGGUGAUAAAACUAGCUUAAAUGUGAUCCUGUUUGAACGGUAGCAAAUAAAAAUCUGUAAAAAUUGAUACAUAUAUACAUAUAGUUUAUGUGCUUAUGCUACACCUUUUAAAAGCAUUGAAAUGUGACAAUGAAAUGUUUUCCAGAUGAUUGUACUGCAUUAUGUACAUACAUGAAUAAAAAUGCCAUAUAUUGAUAUUUGUUUUCAGAUAACUGGUACUUUGUAUGAGGUAAAUAAAUUGUGGUUAGCAUGCAUCAAGUGUGUGGUUACAUCAUGCAUGUAUUUAAGAUAUCUUGUUACGAGACUGGAAGAAGAGGUACAAUGACAAUGUAUUAUAAAGUAUGUAGUAUAUGUACGAACAUCACAAAACAUCAUUUAUGAAUCCACUCUGUGUUCCACAGUAUAUAAGGGGAAUCCUAAUAUGUAAUCUCAUUAAUUUAAGAAGAUUCUAUAGUCGUAUGAUUGUAUACACUAUCUUGGGGGAAAAACAAAAAUUGACGUUUCAUACAUCCAGUUUUACAGUUUCAUCAAUUUGACAUGGCCUAAAAACUCUACCAUAGAUUAGUACAAUGAGUAAUAAAAUGGUCCCAUGAUUGUAGAGGGAGAAACACAUACUUGAGGGUGGUUCGAACUGGCAUAAAGGGUGGACGACACUUGAGAUUUCACUCACAAACUAGGUGUUAGUUUUGACUGGAAAUCAACGUAGUUUUAGACAUGUGUUUUCCAAGUGUCGCAAAUCAAACCACAUUUUUACAAGCUUGGAUGUGCUACACGCCAGUGGAAAAGUUGAGAAUCUCUAUGUCAUAAAAUUGUGGAACUUGCACCAUUUUCCAAAAUGAAUUUGUUUGUCUUUGUAAACCAAUGAUCACCAUAAAAAAUAACAUGGUUGUUGUGCCUAAAUGGAGUGUAUCCAUUAUCCAUCAAACAUUUCAUGCGAAGCGAGCACGGGAGGUGUGUUGGGUGGUGUUGUUCAAUACGCUAUGCUGGAAGGUUCCUUGGCAGUUCAGAGUGUAUAUUUUGGUUAUGGUUAUUAGGCUGUUGUGGUCGAGAGCUGGUCAAGUGCUUUGUGUAAUAUGGAGAAGCAAUUUCCUCACGUAUCGUGUGAAAAUUAAACAAUCUAUAUGGGCAAUAGUUUUUGUUACCAGUAUUGUACUGUAUUUUGAAACAAGACAUUGUAAUUGUAUGUUAAUGUAGUCGAGUGUCCUUGAGACAGGAUAAUUAUUUUCGGCAUCUGAAACUGAAACCAGAGCUCAGGGGACCAGGGUUGGUAAGCCAAAUUAAAAUAAAAGUGAUAAACUCAGAAAAAAAAAAUAUUUAAAAAAAUUACAAAAAAAAUAGCUCUUUCUGAUAGAACAUUUAAAUGCCAAUGUAUUGUAAAGUGAAUGAAUUGUAGUCUGAUUUGACAUAAACAUGCGCUUCUCAAUUUAUUAUUUGUAUCUUUCUGUGAAUGUAAAAGACUAGUGUAAUUCAAUAAAGGUUGUUCUCAAUGUAA